GCAGCUUUAAUUAAUAAGCUUCCAACCCCUCUCCUCUCCCUUCCCUUCAAUUGGUCACAGACUCACAGUAACGCUCAAACGUUUCAGUCCCUCGCGCCGUCUCCUUUUCCUUUCCCUCUCUCCGAGGCAUUUACCACAGAAACAGAGCAAAACAAAAAUGGUGGGCUCUGGCUCCAUCCCUCAAAUCUCCUUAUCAAUACUAGUUUAAUUUCUGCAGAAGGGUUAUUUACUAAUUAAUUAGUGCUGUAAUAUCUAAUUACUAUUCUUAAAUUUGAAAUUUUUACGGCAGUUGGAUGGUUCCUCUCAUCUUCCCGAGUGGCUUCUGGCUUUGCUGACAGAGAAGUUCUUCAACGCCUGCAUAGACCAUGAGGAUUCCAAGAAGAACGAAAAGAACAUUUUUUGCUUGGAUUGCUGUGAAGCUAUUUGCCAGCACUGUGUUCAUCCCCACCGUCUUCUGCAGGUCAGAAGAUAUGUCUACCAUGAUGUUAUAAAGCUUGGUGAUGCCCAGAAAUUGAUGGAUUGUGAUUAUGUUCAAUCAUACACUAAUAAUGGGGCGAAAGUAGUGUUCUUGAAAAGCCGGCCGUUUUCCAAGACUUGCAGAAGCUCCGGCAACCCUUGCCUGAAUUGUGACAGAGUCCUUCAGAACCCAUAUCUGUAUUGUUCAAUUUCCUGCAAGCUGCAACAUCUUCUGAGGAGUGGGUCCCAGCUUGCAAAGUAUAUUCACAGUUAUGACCGUCGGACAAUGCUAGAAUGGGAUCUGGAAGACGGUCUGAUGACUCCCAACACAGUCCUCGAACCGGCUGGUUCUGUGAAGACUGAUUCCGGUGGCAGUGGGAGCCCCUCCGGUGUGGUGGAUUGCCGGACUUUCUGUUGCACGGCCACCACUGAGGUGGUCCGAAAGAAACGCAGCAACUUGCUGUCAUUCCGGUCGUCGGAGCUCCGGCGGAGUUUUUGUCCCGUAAUGGAAAUUGCUGGUGCCGUGAAUAACAGGAGGAAGGGUGUUCCCCAACGGUCUCCACUGACUUGAGAGGAUAUUUCAUGUUAUACACAAAAUUUGUACACAAAUUGUACGGUGUCGGUGUCGGUGUCGGUGUACACAAGCAUUUUGGUAUAAAAUUCUUCAUUUUUUCAAAUGAAUUGUUUGUGUAUCCAGACAACUAGAAAAUUUGUGUACAAUUUGUGUACAAUUUGUGUAUUAAUUUUGCGUACAACAAGAAUUUUUGAACUAUCCAGACAAGUGCAUGGAGAUCUCCAUAAAUCCAGGGGACAGUAGAUAUGAAGUUGAUGGCUACUCUUUGGACAGGGGCAAUAGUGGAAAUUGGCAGCUUUUCAUUAUUUUGGUUAAUCCCCCAUUUUUUUUGUUCAAAUUGCUUUCUACUGCCCCUCUUUUAUAGUGAGGGUUUCCUUCUUCUAUUGUAUUGAUGAGUUAGUGCUUGAUCACUUGUUGUUUACAAAUCAAUGUUUAUUAAUGAACUAAUGUUGCUAACUUCUAAAUAGUCC